AUGUGGAACCGUGAACCCAUCGCUAUUGUCGGGAGCGCAUGUCGCUUUCCCGGUGGUGUAGACAGCCCAUCCAAAUUCUGGGAGGUUUUGCAGCAACCUGGAGACCUUCAGAGUGAGGUACCUAAGCAGCGCUUCAGUGCUGAAAAGUUCUUUCACCCCGAUGGCAUGCACCAUGGCAGUACAAACACAAGAUAUGGGUAUUUCUUGAAGGAACCUCUCGGCGCCUUUGAUGCGCCAUUCUUCAACAUCCAGGCGGGCGAAGCCGAAAGCAUGGACCCUCAACAGCGCCUUCUUUUGGAGACAACAUAUGAUGCACUCUCUUCCGCGGGGCUCGUACAAGAGCUUCAGGGUUCUGAUACGGCUGUUUACGUUGGACUUAUGACGCACGACUUUGAGACAAUUAAAACACAAGAUAUGCAUCAUAUGCCAACUUAUUUCGCCACAGGCGUUGCCGCGAGUAUUGCCUCGAACCGAUUAUCCUAUGUUUUCGAUUGGCAUGGUCCAAGCAUGACCAUUGACACAGCUUGCAGCUCGUCUCUCGUCGCCGUUCAUCAUGCGGUACAGCAACUCAGAAGUGCCCAGAGUAGAGUUGCGGUGGCUGCUGGUGCGAACAUGAUCUUAUCUCCGUUGAGUUAUGUUUCAGAGAGCAAAUUGAACAUGCUCUCCCCGACAGGCAGAUCGCGAAUGUGGGAUGCUGCCGCUGAUGGCUAUGCAAGAGGAGAAGGCGUUGCAGCUGUGAUUCUCAAGACCCUACAACAAGCUCUGAGUGACGGCGAUCACAUCGAGAGCAUCAUCCGAGAGACGGGUGUAAACCAAGACGGCAAAACAAUUGGAAUCACAAUGCCGAGCCAUCUGGCACAAGAAGCAUUGAUUCGAGAGACUUAUGCGAGGGCAGGAUUAGACUUGAAUAGAAUUGAUGACCGUCCUCAAUUCUUUGAAGCCCAUGGGACGGGAACGCCAGCAGGCGACCCCCAAGAAGCGGAGGCUAUCGCGAACGCGUUCUUUAGGAACAAGUUGCCCGACGUCACGCAACCCCAGGAUCUGCUGGUCGGUAGCGUGAAAACGGUGAUUGGUCAUACAGAAGGGACUGCUGGACUAGCCGGCUUGCUGAAAGCUUCCCUUGCGGUCCAGCAUGGUGUGAUUCCACCAAACCAACAUUUUGAAAAGCUUAACCCUGCUGUGCAGCCCUUCUAUCAUCACGUUAGCAUCCCCACGGAAGUACAACCUUGGCCACAAGUUACACUGGGUCACCCACGUCGAGCCAGUGUGAACUCGUUUGGUUUUGGCGGAACAAAUGCACACUGCAUCAUUGAAGAGCAUGUAGGAUCCGGCCUGCAGGAGCUAUCAUCCUGCAAAUUGUUAUCCCGCGACCUGGAGAGCCAGCUCUCGAGUACUACGUACGGCAUGCCUCUCGUGUUUUCGGCCAAGUCGCAGCGUUCCCUCAAAGAAAAUAUGGAUGCCAUGCUCCGGUUCCUUGAGUCAGAUCCAUCCGUUGAUAUGGCAGAUCUAGCUUGGACAUUGAUGCAAAAGCAAGCUGUACUGCCCAUUCGGCACGCAAUUUCGAGCCACACGUGCGAAGGGGCCCGUCUCGCACUCGAGGCAGCCAUUAAAGACAAUUUAGGUAUUGACUUCAGCUCCAGCCGCGGCCAUAAGAGUACACCCCAGAUCUUGGGCAUCUUUACCGGACAGGGUGUACAGUGGCCACACAUGUGCAAGUCGCUUUUAGCCUCUAUUCCUUUGGCGCGGGAUAUUAUCGAUGAGUUGGACACCUCCUUACAGACGCUUCCAACAGAAUACCGUCCUACGUGGACGCUCCAGCAACAGCUGUUUUGUGAUGGGGUUGAGUCCAAUGCGGCCGAGGCGGGCUUUUCGCAGCCGCUCUGCGCUGCCGUACAACUCGUGCUCAUCAGAUUGCUCGAGGCUGCAGGCAUCAAGUUCACAGCUAUUGUCGGUCACAGUUCAGGUGAAAUUGCCUGUGCGGCUGCUGCGGGAUAUAUCACGCCUUUUCAGGCCAUCCGUGUCGCUUACUUGCGUGGGCUAGCAGUCACCACGUCGCGCGUUACAUCUCCUAGCGGUGCCCAAGGUGCUAUGCUCGCGGCUGAGAUCUCAUAUGACGAUGCCAAAGAGUUGUGCAACCUUGAAGAGUUCGAAGGGCGAAUCUGCAUUGCGGCGUAUAACGCGCCCACCAGCGUGACAUUGUCUGGUGAUGUCGAUGCGUUGGAACAUGUUGAGGCCAUCCUCAAGGACGAAGAUAAGUUCGUCAGAUUCCUACGCGUCGACAAAGCCUACCACUCUCAUCAUAUGAUCUCGUGUGGUGACACAUACAUCAAAGCCCUUAGCGACUGUGACUGUGCCGUUAGUACCGCCUCCAAGGCGCCCGAAUCGUGCUCGCCUGUUGCUUGGUACUCAUCCGUGUACGAGGGGAGACUCUUGAAAUGUACGGACAUCACAGCAGAUUACUGGAAAGCGAACCUCGUCUCCCCAGUGCUUUUUUCGCAGGCUGUCGAGCGUGCUGUGGGUGACCAUGAUGUCGCUUGUGGUGUAGAAGUGGGUGCUCACCCUGCUCUGAAGCGUCCUACUGUUGCAACUAUUCAUGCCAUUUACGGCACGGAUCUGCCAUACAUAGGAUGCAUGAAACGAGGGCAAGAUGAUAUGGAUGCAUUCGCGGAAGCAUUAGCCUAUUUCUGGGAACGAUUUGCCUGUUUUAACAUACUUAAAGCUGACAGCUUCAUGAGAACUGUGUCACCUUCAACAUGGCCCCGCAGAAGCCUGACCAAGGUCAUUCCGAGGUACGCAUGGGACCAUACACGAACACACUGGACAGAAACACGUGCUACGAAAGCUUUCCUUACCGGAACAGCUCCCCAUCUCCUUCUGGGGUCCCCUCUUCCGUCGACUACGGACUUGACGUUCCAAUGGCAAUCUUUCAUCAAGCCCCGGGACGAUGAGUGGCUUGAGGGUCACGACCUUCAAAGCCAACCUAUCCUUCCCGCUGCCGGCUAUGUUGUGAUGGCCAUGGAAGCAGCGCUGCACGUAGCAAAGAAGCGUGUUCCGCAUGAUAUAGACAUCACUGUUCUCGAGGUAUUGGAUCUGAGCAUCGACAAGGCCAUCUCCUUCGACGACAAGAAUAGCAUGGCUGAGCUGCUUGUCACGCUUAAAGUGAUGGAUCAGAGUGAUCAGCAACUGUCAGUGGAAGUUUCUAUUGACUCUGCUCUUGACAGAGAAACAAAACCUUCCACGUCGGCCAGUGGUCGCGUCGUUGUCACUUUUAGCUCUUCCUUGACCUGCUUGCUGCAACGAGGCUUAGAUGAGCCACUACAUCCCAACAACAUAGACAUCAACAGCUUCUACCGGGAACUUGAAUUCUUGGGUCUCGACUAUACGAGUAAGUAUCGUGGUGUCCGAGAGUUGUGCCGUGCAGAUGGCAGAGCUGCGGGGCGGCUCUCCCAUUACCGACUUCCGAACAGUUCUUUGCGAGAGAUCGUUCUUCACCCAGCCACGUUGGACACAGCUUUUCAGACCAUCAUGGGUGCCUUUUCGUACCCAGGUGACAAAGCUUUGAGGUCUACAGUUGUUCCUGUGCACAUUGACAGAAUUGCCUUGGCUCCUGGAGCGUGCGCCUCCGCAUUGAGCUCUUGUGAUGAAGUCAUUGUGCUCUUUAACUCUACAUGCUCAUCCUUCAAAGACUCGAUUCUGACUGGACACGUCGAGGUCUUUGAUGACAGUUCUGUUGUCCUCUUUCAAGUGGACAACAUCGUUCUUCAGCCACUUUACAGACCAGAGCCGUCCGCUGACCAUCUGAUGUUCACCAAAACUGUGUGGGGCCCUUAUGUACCAGAUCGCAUUCUAGAUCGUCCCGAAUUCUGGGCUACUGAUGAGGACAAGCGCAUGAUACCUAUCAUCGAGCGCAUUGUAUAUAAUUACGUGAAGGAACUUCUAAGCAAACUCACACUCGAAGACCGUCGGAAUGCAAGCCUAGGACUGCAGAGAUACAUUCACUGGAACGAACAGGUCCUGGACAAGGCUCGACAGUGGCAAACAACAUUCUACGAGGCAGAUUGGGAGUUGGACACAGCGGCUGAUGUAGAGAAACUCUGUGACGAAAAUUGGUAUCACCCCUACGUGCGCCUUGUCAAGAGGGUCAGCGAGAAUGUGAUCUCCACAAUCCGUGACAACACGAAUCCAUUCCAUUGGAUGAACGCGGAUGGGCUGCUGAGCGAGUUCUAUGCCAGUCCUCUCAGCAAUGGACCGUGUUGGAACUACGGCAAACAUCUCAUUGGCCAGAUUUGCCAUCGUUUCCCCAAUAUGAACAUUCUUGAAAUCGGCGCUGGUACAGGCUCAGCUACACGUUAUAUUCUCGACGUCCCACAGCUAGGAUUCAACAGCUACACCUUUACUGACAUCUCAGCGACCUUUUUCGAAAAUGCUCGCGAGGUCUUUUCCCAGUAUAAAGACCUUAUGGACUUCCGAAAGCUAGACAUUACUCAGGAUCCAGCAAGUACUCCUCGUUUCAUUGUCUACGUCGUUUCUAUCAGACUUACAGCAGGCGUGGUGCAACAAGGCUUCACACCUCACUCGUAUGAUCUGGUAAUUGCUUCGUCUGUUCUCCACGCAACACCACAUCUUGUUGAAACUAUGACGAACGUAAGGUCUCUGCUAAAGCUGGGUGGCCAUGUUGUCAUCGCGGAAGCCACAUUUAAAGAGUAUUUGCGCACAAGCUACAUCUUUGGGCUCUUCCCUGACUGGUGGGCCGGUUACGAGGACGGCCGUAUCCUUGACCCUUUUGCUUCGUACGAAGAGUGGGAUGCGAUCCUGAAGCAAGCUGGGUUCUCAGGAAUCGACAGCCGCACAUCUGACCGCGAAAGCUGGGUUUUCCAGAAUUCACUGUUCAGUGCACAUGCCAUAAAUCCCAAGGUGGAGCAGUUUGAAAGCCUACUUCACACGCCACCCAGGCAAAAAGAUGACGGAGCGAACAUGCCGCAGCUAGUCUUUGUCGGUGGCUGCUCUGGUCGAUCAUCAGCCUUACUGGACAAGCUUCAAGCCAAGUUAAGCCAUAGGCGGAUCCUCCGUCUUGACUGCUUGCAAACUAUGUUCAAACAGGCUGCGCGGUUGGAGACAGGUUCCACGUUCGUCGUAGCCUCGGAGCUUGAUGACGAAAUGUUCGAUGAUCUCGACGACAUCAAGCUCGAGGCUGCCAAAUCACUUUUCUCGGGUGACUACGCCAAGGCCGUGAUCUGGAUCACGGAGGCGGCUUUCACGCACAAUCCUCGUCAGGCUAUGACCAUCGGCCUCCUUCGGACGAUACAGCUCGAGAAUCCGAACAUCCACGUCCAGAACAUCGACAUGGACAACGCUGAGCAUUCGGACUACCCCGCACUCAUCGCCCAGCACAUUAUUGAGCUCGAAGGGUCGCCGAAACCACCUGAGGAUAGCAGUGACUUGAUAGGGUUCCAUGAACCCGAGAUUUAUCUCGUCGACGGGCAUGCCUGGAUACCUCGCAUCAAGCACGAUAUAGCGCGCAACAAUCGCUUAAACUCUGCAAGUCGUGCUAUUUUCGCGGAUGCCCGGCCAGAUCGUGUUCCUUUGCGCUUCUGUCUUGCUGAGGAUGGAGCGUCUUCGUACCUUGAGUUCAUGGACGCGAUGGUCAGCCCUUGCCCACCAUCUCCGCCGUCCUCACUCUCUAAUGUGCAUGAUGAUGAUUUGGUCCAGGUGCAGGUCAAUUUUGCUCUAACCGGGGCCAUUCGCGUCGGUAAUCUGGGGUUCUUCCACCUUUGCCAGGGUUUUGCCAUCGAAACCGAGACGCCAGUAGUGGUACUGGCAGAGAACAACGCAUCAGUCAUCCGUGUUCCAGCCAGCCGUGUCUUCUCUUUGCCGUCUGGAGAAAAAUGUAUUUUGCUCCAUAUUGUUGCCUCCCUCAUAAGUCAACGCAUUAUGAGCAACGCAGUCCCGGGCACGAGUGUUCUCGUGUUUGACGCACCGCGGUUUUGCGUUCAUGCCAUUGAAAAACAAGCCAAGAGGAAUAACGUUCAGGCACACUUUGCCACCAGUCAACAACUUACUGCGAUAGAGCUCAAGUCAGGCUCCUCAUGGACGUACCUAGACCUUUGGGUAUCGGAACGGGCGCUGAAGAAAAUGGUCACUGCGAAAGUGUCUGUCUAUUGCGAUUUCUCUUUUGCGACAGAGCACGGAGCCGCCGCUACCUUAGGCCGUCGCCUGGCUAAGAUUCAACCACCACAUUGUGCAAAGUACGAUUCUGCUCACUUUUUCGCAGAGCAUGGGUCCGGCACGCUUUAUGACAAUUUCAAUUGUGGUGAAUUUGCCAUUGCUGUCGAGCAGGCUCUUCUCGCAUCCUCAGCAGUUACCGAUGAUCACGUCAUGGUUGGAGCAGCAAUCAUCAAGGUCGCUGAUAUGCAGUUCAAUGAAGCCCCCAUGGACCUCACCACCAUUAUUGACUGGAGGACCACUGACACAAUUCAAGCCCGGCUUCGCCCUAUUGACGCCGGGAGUUUUCUCGCUCCAGACAAGACCUACCUUCUUGCUGGACUUGCCAAAACAAUGGGUCGAUCGUUAGCCCGAUGGAUUGUCACACAUGGCGGUCGCUAUGUUGUUCUAUCCAGUCGCCACCCGGAAACCCCGGACUGUAAAUGGAUCGAGGAAAUGGAAGAGCUUGGCGGUUAUGUUACAGUUUUACCCAUGGAUUUGUCCAACGAGAGAGCUUUAGAUGAAGGUUUGUCAAAGAUCCGCAAGACUUUGCCGCCAAUACGAGGAAUCGCUUAUGGCCCUUUGGUCCUCCGAGAUACGAUGCUCCAGAAUAUGACCUUGGCAGAUAUGAAUUUAGUGCUGAAUUCUAAAGUGAUCGGUGCACGCCUUCUCCACGAGCGAUUCUGCGAUGCAAAUGCAGAAACGCCGUUGAACUUCUUCGUCAUGUUCUCGUCUGGGGCCACUGUCGGUGGCACUCCCGGUCAAAGCAACUACAACGCGGCCAACGCUUAUUUGCAAGCCCUCGCGCAGUAUCGGCGGACAAAGGGACUGGCGGCCUCGACGAUCCAUGUGGGCGCCGUGAUGGGCAUUGGAUAUCUAGCCAGAACACAUUUCGACGAGCAACUUCUCAAAGUCCACGACAUGGGCAAACUCGCAGAAGGAGACUUCCAUACCCUUUUUGCCGAAGCCAUCGUCUCAGGACAAGGCGUGUUUAGACAAAGCGAAGGCAAAACCACCCGGAUGUCCGUCACAGAUAUGUCAGACAUCGAAGUGAUAACGGGCUUCCCGGUAUUCGAGGCCAAGAACAAGAACUCCUUCAAGUUGUGGGAUAACCCUCGGUUUGGCCAUCUUCGGACACCCGAAAACCAUUUGAGUUAUGUGGGCCAAGGGUCUUCGACUAGUAGGAUUUCUAUCAAGGACCGACUGCGCGAAGCAGCAACUAAAGACGAGGCACAAAAUGCUAUCAUACAUGGGCUCGCCCAGAAGACGCGCGACAUCCUCCUUAUCCCUGCAGAUCAAAGUGUCAAUGUUAAUGCCGCACUCCUUGACCAGGGCAUGGAUUCGCUCGGUGCUGUUGCAGUAUCAGGAUGGUUCUCCCAAGAACUUUUGGUCGAUAUACCCAUCUUGCGAGUCCUCAGUGGUGCUUCUCUUGAAGAUCUCGCUGAGGAAGCCGUCAGACGACUUCCACGUGAUGCAAUACCUCUGAUUGCUCUCAAUCCAGAAGAAUGCCAGCCGGAGGCGUCAGUGUCGUCAACCAUCCAGAGCCCGACCUCUAGCAGCAUGGAUUCGUCAUUGACAUCUGGGAAGCCGUCAGUAAACUCCGCCCGGACCAGCAUGACAUUAGACGCAAGCGGCGAUGAUCAGGCCAGCACAAAGACCUUGCGUCGGCAUCCCCUGUCGAUAGGGCAGACGUAUUCAUGGAAACUGCAACAGCAGCUCUCGCGCGAUUGUACUAUCUUUCACAACACCAUCGCCUACCUGUUCGAAGGCUACAUAGAUCUUCAAAGACUCGGCACAGCUGUAGACGAAGUGAUACUCAGACAUGAGAUCCUUCGCACUGCGUUCCUCGCCGAGCUCCAGACCAAUGAGGGCAAUGACAUGACUCAAGUUAUCCUGGACACGCCGACAUGGAGUUUGAAUUGCACAGCGGUCGCCGAUCAAGCCUCGGCCGAGGAGGCAAUGAAGCAGCUUCACAGGGAGGGUUACGACCUUGAGUCUGGCAAGACAUUUAAGAUUGUUGAUUUUCACUGGUCGUCAGCCCAUCAUCAUCUUCUCGUGAUUGCCUAUCAUCGGCUCGCCGGGGAUGGCGCGACCACAUCUGCGCUCCUCUCUGAAAUCUGUGCUCUCUACAACGGCGCGGUGCUCCCUGUCGCUGUUCCACAAUUUUCGAAGAUUUCCAAUAGUCAGCGCGUCGAAUACGAGCAGGGACGGUUGGAUGCUGACAUUGCCUACUGGAUGUUCCAGUACAACAACAAGGUGGUGCCUAUCAUGCCCAUUCUUGACCUCCCACAUUGCCUGCACACCGAUCGGAACAACAGUCCCCCCUGUUCUUGGUAUCAACACACAGGGGUCUUCCGCCUCAGCUCGGCAGUGUCCACACAAGUCAAGGAGGCGGUGCGGCAACAAAAGGUCUCGCGUAUGCAAUUUUUCAUGACAGUAUAUGCCGCGCUCCUGAGCAGAUUAACAAGCAAGAACAGCAAUAGUGAGGACGGAGCCACCAAUAAUAAUGACGAUGACGACGAAAGAAUGAUAACCAUUGGAGUUGCGGACACGAACCGUGCUACGGUGGAGGACAUGGCAGCGAUGGGCUUCUUCGCCAACUUAUUGCCUGUACGCAUAAAGACGAGAGAAAAAGGAGGCAGAUCAUCGUUGAGUCCUAUCCAACAGUUGGGUCUCGUCAAGAAGGCGAUGCGCGGGGCAAUGCAGCACGCGCGCGUACCGUACAGUGUGUUACUGGAGCGGCUGCCAGUAACUCCAACUAUGGAAGUCCUAGCCAAGGACUGGCCGCACGCGCCACUGUUCCAAGCAGUGUUCGAUUACGCUGGGGGCGGGGUUGAGAGCGUGCGCAUUGGCAAUGCAGUCAUCACCGAGCAAGGCGGUUUGCGGGCUUCUGAGCUUGUUUCCCGCGAACGAACGCCGUAUGACGUGGUGCUUGAAAUUUGUGCCGAUCCAACGCGUGACCCACUGGUUAUUGUAAAGUUGCAGUCCUCUCUUUACGGCUCUGAGGACGUUAUCGUGUUCCAUAAUGCUUUCGUUGAGCUUAUCACGAAGUACUCGGCGGACCUCAUGUAA